UGGACGUUGAAACCUCAUUAUAAUAUCACUGACGUGACAAGACUAGGGAAGGGUGGUGGGAUCUCGACGAAAAAACAUACUUAAACAUUUAUUAGAACGUUAUGAAGUAGCAGUUCUUGUCGAGACCUACAGGCAACCCCAGCAGAUCUAGCAAGAGUGAGAAAAUUUAUCCAAACUUCAAAUACAUCACAUACUAAAGUAUUUGAUGUAUUUGCAGUUUGUAUAAGUGUUCUCCUUCUUCUGCCUUGCUUCUCUUCAUAAUUCCUGUUUUUGUGAUCUACUUUUCAAGCAAUUUCUGAUGUCUGAUUUCAUUAUUGAAAAGAAUGAAAGUGGAAGCCUUGUUAACCAAGGAGGCAGUAGAAAGAACUCUAACCAGAAUGAUCACAUUCCUAAAAAUGAUGAUCAGCAAAUACUUGGAGAACUCCAUAAGCUGAAGAAGAGUAAAGAUUUCCUCUCCUCUGUGGAUCAGCUAGUGAUAAAGUACAGGCAUUCAAAUAUAACACUGAAGAAACCACAGUUGUGCGUAUUGACAUUGGGAACCCUUGAUGACACCAUCUACUGGGGAAGGCCUGAAAUGAUGGAGGCGUGGGAAGAAUUGUAUCUGCCAGAGACUGUGCGUAUGAAAGUGAUCGGUACAAUUGAUAAUAUCCCUUGCCUGGCUCCUGGCCUUCAAUUAAUUGUGCUUGUUGGAGAGGACUUUUGUGUUUAUAUUUAUGAAAAUGAAGAAUUGCACAGGGCUGCAUUAAGCUUAGAAGACCUUUUAACUAAAGGAGCCACUUUGCCUGGAAUAAAUGUGUACGAGUAUGGAGCAGGAUUGCAACCAGAGACUGCAGAAGAAUGUUUGGAAUUGAUGAAAGAGGCUGGUAUAGAAAAAAUCUCAGCAGACACAAGAGCAUUUGUAAAUGGCAAUGCAGAUGAGGUAUUCGAGAUGUUACAGUAUCUGGCUGAACUGUAGUUGAAAUAAAGUACUUGAGAAAUACCCUCUUAACUGCACUAUACAGUACUUGACUUGAGAAGAUACGUUUCACUUGCCAACCUAUAAGGGAACCAGUUGUUUUGGACCUUCUGUAUUUCUACAUUCCUGUGGCUCCAUCAGUUCUAGAACCAAGGAUCAAAAUCUUAAAUCUAAGAACAUGAUGGUGGAACAGGUUUAUAAGUUGAAGUCUCCCGGACCUCUGGAAACUUCCCUGUCACAUUUAAGCACUGCAACUCUGUCUUCCUUUAAAUGUAACCUAGAUUAGUGGCUAGAUAUUCACAAAUUUACUCUGGGAUUGACUGGAGUAUUAAUUUCAGGACUAAAGUUCUAAUUGCAUAGUUCUGUUGUCUUGCUUUCAUAAAAAUGAAGUAAAUAGCUUUGUUAAAUUGUAUAUUGCCUUGGAUAUUUAGAAAUUAUUUUUCUUCAGACAUAUGCAGUUUCCAGGAUAUCUUGGAGUGGUAUGUUAAACACAGAAAUCUGAUCUCACCACAAUGUAGUCAAAUAAAAAGCUGAAUUGCAAGUAGUAAUCCAAAAAACGAUUAGUAGCCGUGAUGGUAGUUUAAGAAUCUUCUUUAAUAAAAACACAGUGGGUAAAGGUAAGCGCUUUCGCGUGGUCACAGCCACGCUUCUUCAGACAAUGAAAAACCCUACACACAGUACUUAAAUAGUGCAACAAUUAAGGACCAACCCUAUGUAAUUAGAUGCAUCAAUUAUUAUUUAAAACGGCACUGUCAACAAAUGGUAAAACUUCAUUCAUAAUGUGUACUUAUAAAAACAACUAAUAUAGGACUGAUAAACAGUUCAAAGUAAAACCUGCAUAUAUAAAUGCUUAUAAAACAUAAUAUACAAUUAAAAAAUCAUAAGUUAUUCAGAAACUAAGCUUUCACACUCUUGCAAAACUAAAUAUUAACAACCAUUACACUGAGAAAAGUUCCGGUUGCUAUCAUACCAAUCGAAUAUUCACCGGAAACAAACCAAUUGCCACUAGAGCAGUAUUUGUAAAGUAAUUUUUUUGAAAAGGAAAAUCUUUUCUUUUCUUUACUUGUCUAUAAUGAUACCAUAGAAACUCAGUUAUUGUAAACGGUAUUGCUGUUUCCGAAUUAACUGAGGUUUUGAAAUAUUGUACAAAUAUAUAGACAAUCAUAUAACACAGUUAUAGUAAAAAACUCGAUGGGGACUUAACAGCAUACUUCAUACAUAUUCAAGAUGAUAUAUGCUCUCUCAUGUAAGUCUUACUAUUCGUGGUCUAUCUAAAUAUAAAGAAGCUUAAAAAUGAACUUUAAAAUAUGAGUGUAGCAAAUUGUCAGCGGUAACUUGCUAAGCAAAAAGUUACGUGCAUAGUGGAGCGACCAAGCUGACAAAUCUAUACUAAGUUAAUUAAAUUAAUUAAUUAAAACCCUAUAUCUAAUUUUCAGAUGUUAUAGGGUACAAAGUAUCUAAAUAUGAAGUUUAAAACCAUAAAUGUACAAGGUUAAAAACAUGUAUACCUACAUUAGUAUCUACAUUUAAUAUAAUAAUAAUAACAACCUUAUGUAUAGGGUUCACCCUUCAUGAAGCUAGUUGCCUUAUUUAAAGGACGUAACAGCACUAUUUCUAAAAGGCUGUUUAUUAUAUUUAGAAAGUAUAUAUAAAUGUACAAAAAUAUACACAGAAUAUGUAUAUUAAGUCCAUUCAUUACUUGGAGUGGGGACGAAUGGAGAAUUUCUCUAAUCCUUUCUGGACACUGGAAACCACUAAACUGAGAUCAGGGGUGCAUUCUUUUCAGGAGAGAUCUGGUGACUCUGCUAGUCCACCAGGAAGACCUGAUGUAAAAAGAAAUAUGUUGACUCUCUUUAUAGUCUCCCUGUCUAGCUACAGACUUGUCGAAACAGAGGUCUUGCCCAAAUCUCCACCUGAAGAUGCAACCUUCAGCUUUCUCUGACUCAUAAUUUCCAGGCAGUUGUCAUAGGUGGUGUCUUAUGGGGUUGGAGGGGGUUGAGUCAUCCCUCAGGGGAGGGAUACUCCAAAGGGGAGUUAAUGUAUUUCAUCGCAGUCUCUUCCUGGGGGUAAGAGUCGUCCGAACUCUGCUGAGAAGGUCCCAUAUUUCAGCAGUGUAGUGGUUUCCAUUAUCCAAACAGAGACCAGAUAAAUGACUUUCUGGUAAGUACAUAACAAUGUUUGUUUGUUUUUUGUUUUGUUUUUUUUUUUUUUCCUUCUGUGCACAUCUGAUUUAAGUUUCUUUAUUAAAAUCUUGUAAAACUUGUAAAAAUGUAAAAUAAAAAAUUAUAUAUUGUGAAAUAA